UUUGGUUAAUUUGCGAGUGAAAAUGUCAAUAGCAUGCAAUGUGGCAGUUUUGAUCAUACUGAUGGUUCAAAUUGAGACCAUCCAAAUGACAACCAAUUCAACAGGAAAAGAUCAAAUCUGUGAAAGUUUACGAGAUAAUAAUGGUAACAAAUUGAAUUUAUUGACAGUUGGAAAAACACCAGAACGAUUAUUAUUGAUAACAAAGGAUUUGUUUGUAUAUGAUGUUGCAGCUGAUUCAAUGGAUUCGGCCUUAGAUAAAUUAUAUCUUCGAUCCAAGCCAAUGCCACUCGAGGAGAAAUAUCCAACAUUUUACAGCCAUCAACUAUUCAAACAAGCUAAAGAUGUUAUAUUCAAUGCAUGGGUCAUUUCGGAUAUGGAAGGGGAUUGGAUUUGUAUUACUGUCAGAGUUAGCACUGGCAGGGAUGGAGUUAAUUAUAAUAUCAAACUUGAUGAAGUAGCAUUAGGAUGGAAAUAUUUUGAAAAUCCAGAGGAAGUAUUACUUUCAACACAGCAACCAUGCAAAUUUUAUUCUGUAAGGCAUAACGACGGUGGUCUUAAAAUUCAAAUUUACGGAUGUUCUGGCAAUAGUAUACGUAAAAAGAAUGCUAUAGGUCCAUUAGAACAUGUAUUUUUCAAAAUCUGCUUCGAUCAAAGCAAAACAAAAAUUAUGAUCGAUCGAUCAUGCGGAUCAGGGACUCCGGUGCAAUGGCCGGUGUUGAAUGGAUUUGUGAGUGGUGAAAAAUUUUACUUAUUCAGUGAUAGAUCUAUCUAUGUAUUUCCGGAGAGUGCUUAUAAUCAACGCGGUCAGCCAGUCGAGUUUAAACAACGUAGUUAUGAUUCGUUUUUCAAUUGUCCUGGCAUUAUUAUUCCCUCAACUCUUUCCAAAUCAUAUUUCUACUGGAUUAUAGGUGCAAUCAUAUUGUUAUUAUUGAUAUUGAUGAUAAUACUGUGGUGCAUAUUGGUCGCUCAACGUCGUCGUCAACAAGCACAGCCAUCCUAUGCAAAGACCGGACGUUCUGGCAUGAGGGGCGGAUUGAAUGUAUCAAAAAUGUCAGCAAAUAUCGCCACUGCAAGAAGUCGAAACAGUUUGACACAGGCUCCCAAAUUGAAUCGUUUCAGUUCAAAAAAUAUCAGUUGUAAAAAUAUCAGUCAUGCAAGUCAAACAGCAUUAUCUGCUGGAUCAGCCCACCUUACCGCGCGUACUGGUCUUAAUCGAGUUAGUAACACUUUUCAGAAUCGCUUGAAGCGUUUAACCACACGAAUACAAAGCAGUCGUCAUUGAUCAUUGAUCAUUGAUCCAAUUCCAUUCAAUAAUGUUUAUUAUUAAAAACUAAUUUAUCCAACAUCAA